AUGCCAGUCACCAGAUCGGAAAAGCGCCAGAGGCUGUCUUCUGAGCAGUCUGGGCCACCUUCAAACAACAUUGCUCAACCCCCAGAGCCUGAACUGAACAAUUCUACUACACGCCCCAAGAAGCGUUCAAAGAAGUUUUCAGAUGCAGAUGUAUCUCCAACUCCAACAAACAACAACACCGCCGCCCCAGGUCCAAAGUCGGAUGCAAGCUUCACUCUACCACAAGAAGAGCCAAGGAGAAGUCUCCGUUUAUUCGUGACCUCAAGCAACAAAUCCGAUGUCGCCGACACCCCAGAUCUUGAGCCUGGCAAGUCAAUGUCACGUUCAGAGAAGCGUGCAGAGCAGCGUCGCCUCAAAAAGCUCCAAUCGCAAUCAGAGGCCUCUUCAAGCAACAACAUAUCUGUUGCAUCUGCUCUAAAGUCGGACCUAAUUUCGGAUACACCACAGGAAGAGCCAAAGAGGAGAAACCUCCGUCCACGCCUGGCCUCAAGCAACAACAGCACUGAGGCGCCUGGUCCAAUGCUGGACAUGAGAUCCUAUAAUCCACAAGGGACAGGCUCCAAGAAGACUCGUUGGAGUUCAGAUGAGAGUUCGGCCAACAGAAUCGCUAUUCCUGACUUGCAGGCGGAGAUGAGUUUCGUUCAACAAGCUGAAGUAGGAGUGAGAAAGCAUCUUUCAGAUCCAAACACAUCUUCGCGCAAAGGAAACAAGCGUGCAGCAAGCCCAGCGCCGGAUAUGCGCUCCACCUCGCCCCAAAAAGACUCGUCUCGGUCGCAGAAGAAGCUUCGCCUUCUUAAGACAGCCACUUGCAAUGAUGUCCAAGCCCCUGAGUCUUCAGGAGUAAAUGCCCCUUCCCGCCUCAAGUUACGCCUGAAGAAGCCUGCCCCUGGUCCUACACUGUCCGAGAGCAACUUCGCUUCAUCAUCCGAGGGCAACUCGACUCCAUUUUCAGAAAGCCUGGCUGCAUCUACCCCACUAUCACAGGGCACAUCCGCUCCAGUUUCAAAGGAGCCAUCUUCUUCUCCACUUUCAGAAAUCAAAUCUGCUCCAUCUCCAGGGGAAAACACCCCGUCAAGCUCCGACUACAAAGAUUCUCCGUUAUCCAAAAGCAACUCUGCUUCAUUUUCAGAGGACAAUGCUGUUCCAUUGCCGAAGGUCAACUCUGCAUCUUCGUCCGGAAGCAACUCUGCUCCAUCCUCAGGACCACGCUCAAAGAAAAGGACAGCACUCCACCUAGAACCCUCGGCAGGUAGCAUAUCUUCCAGCACUGAUUCUAAUCUCAAAAACCUCACCCCAAAGAAGAGAGGCUUUGAGGACAUGGACACCACCGACGGUUUGUCCCCAGAAAAGCAGGGUCAGUACCACGCCGAGCGAGAGAAAGAACCUCAGCGUGUCGCCGAACAGCAGAAGAUUCUCGCGACGAUGGAGGACUUCAAGAAGGGCUUUCAAGACCUCCUGAAUCAUAUCCGUCUCCCGAGGAAGAACAGUCAUAUGAAGAAGAAUCCCAAUGAGCAUAUGUUUGCGCUGAAGCUGAGCCCACAGCUGUGUCUUAUGGCACCAUCUCCGAGACACGUUGGGAUUUAUGUCAAGGAUGCCUGCUUUGAGUCAACGAGCGAGGCGAUGAUAACUUGGGUCACGGGGCUGCUGAUGGAUGUUGUUAAGAGAGAUGGCUUGGCGUGGGGUGAGGUCGCCAUUGAGUUGACGGAGGGAGGUUCGCUGGGCAAGGUGUCGAACUGGGGGUUCAACCAGGCGUGUCCGCACAAGCUGGACACUUGCUUCGUCAACACCAACGUGGAGAUCCUCUUCUGCCGCAAGACCUACUCGGCCAUCAUCACCUACCACCACCAGUGGAAGUGUGCUGGUCAGUAUGAGGUCCCCUCGGGGAACAUGACAGACGUGUAUCAGGCGCCACGUCCGUCUCGUGCUGACCACACCACCACUGGUGGUGGUAGGUCCAUCUUCUCGGGCGCCGGCGAGUCGGCGUAUGGCCCAAGCUGCCAUACCCCUCUCGCCGGGGCCCAGUUCGCCCAAGCUGCCGCUCCCGAGUUCCCCCCCGGCGCCGACAUGCGCACCGUUUCCGGCCUUCACCCCGCGCCUUCCCUCGCCGGUUACCUCCCCGCCAACCCGUACAUCCCCGUCACGCGCACACCGGCUCCUCCCUCCCCUCAAGCCGUUUACGGCGACUACGGCAACGCGGGCGGCUUCCCCAUCGACCCGGCGCUCAUCGACCCGGCCUUCCUGGCACCGACCCUCAACCAGCCAACCUUCGACGUCUUCCCCGCCAUCGCCACACCCCCUUACCAGCCCUCAUCCGACCCCGGUCUCCCGCCCUACUUCUGGGCUCCGGUCGCGGCACCCGCCCCCGCCUACGUCAGCCCCUGGGCCCCGGCACCAGCACCCGUUCCAGCCUACUUGAGCCCGUGGAUCUCGCCUGCUCCCUCCCCGGUUCAGCAGCAGUUCACGUACCCAGACCCAGACAUCGCGACGGAGGACUACGUCGCGGACUGGGUUGCGGCGUCGUUGAACUUGCCGCUUGAACCGGGGAGGGGGGUUGUGUACGCUGCUCCCCCCGUGCCGGUGCCUGUUGCGGCACCACCACCACCAGCGGCUUCUGGGCCGAAGAAACGCGCGAGGAAGAGCCGUGCGAAGGUGCGUGUUGCUGCGGCUGUUCCUGCCCCUGCGGCUCCUGCGACGGCUGAAGAGAUGAUGGAGAUGAUGACCUCGGCGCCCCUCCCCGCGCCCGUCCCUACCGGCCCCUCCCCCUCCGAAACCCUCGCUGCCCUCCAGAGCGCGGCGACUUCGUCCCCUGGUGUCCCGGUCCCGGCCGCGUAUCGGCAUGUGUGGUUCCUGAAUGGGCGGGGGAGGGUGUCGAAGACUCGGGAUAACAACCCGAGGUGUCGGAGGUGUAGGAGGAGACAUUGGGCUUCGUGCAGCAGGGGCCAACCCUGCGACGAGUGCGCCAAGGACAACGUGCAGUGCGUGUACGGUCCUGGGGUGGGGGUGGAGGAGGAUGAGGAGAAGGGGCGCUGA